AUGGCCAUUUUUUUCGGGAGUGGGUUUUGGGGUGCUGUCAGCAUUGGGUAUGGGGGUGGGACUGCUGGAGCAAGGGGUGGGGGUUUGAGGGAACCGAUGGAGCAAGGGUUUGGGGUUGGGGGAACGCUAGAGCAAAAGAUGGGGGUUGGGAGACCGCCGGAGCAAGAGAUGGGGUUUGGGGGCACUAUCGAAGUACAGAAAAAGGGUUGGAGGCUCACCAGACCCAAUUCAAUGUCAAUGGAUUCUCUCUCUCAAAGAUUUUUCCCAUUUGCUAUGGGUCUUGGGAAUUUUAUAGCAACCAUGGUGGCUAAGGUUAGUAGAUGA